AUGGCUUCCAGGAGGCCAGGAGGCCAGUCUUUUGGCUGGUCGGGUAUCAGCAGGCCUAGAGAUCCACGAGCCGGCGCGGAAACUCCGCAGGAAGAGAUAAAAUCGAGGGCCGGGUGGAAGACCAAGAGGGCGGCCGAACCGAGUCACCAACCUUCGAGAACGAUCCCGCAACCGAACCCGUCCCGACUGCCACAGGCUCACCAUCGCCGCCCGUCGGAUGGCCAAUCAGAGCAACCGCGCCUGGUUCAACCAUCCCGGGUUCGGAGCUCCAUUGGAAGCGCAAGUGGUGUGGUGGUGGGGGAUUCACAUGGGCCGUCCUCGACUGCCCCAGCUCCCAGCAAGCUUCCAGCCCCCAGUUUGAAGCCUCGAAAUAUCCUCCGCCGCAAACGCUCGGGUUUAUCGCAGGACACAACCAGCACCCGUAACGAGUCGCGAAAUGACUCGACUGGAACCGCCUCCUCGGAAUCUUAUUUCCGUUGUCAAACACCUCCGGACCCGUUCCACCUCGACCGCGAGCUCACCCAGAGCCCCAUGGAGAUCCGGCUCGCCCAGCAGGUCGAGAUCCCGAUGACAAAGGCACAAACGGUGACAAUAUACCCCGAGCUGGAUAGGUAUCGAGAUGUGCAACUACCACCCCGGCCCGAGAGCCCAGGUUCGAGCCUACCAUACCGCAUCGCGACCCACGACCUCGCCCCCCACACCCCUUUUCUCCGGAACAAGCACCGUGACACCACGCCUACCUCAAUGUCGUCACAAUCCCCGGGCUUGGUGGCCCCAAUUCGGAUACCUCCGCCGGGGACGAGGCGACCUCCCGUGACACGAAGAAGAGCUGGCAGCAUCUCAAAUGAAGCCGGCCCCGUAACGACCGAUCCUCAGGGGCUGUCUGUUGUUAGAGAGUUGUCGACCUCGUCAUCUUCCAAUUCAACUGUCCGUGCUGGUGUCAACGCAAAAGAGAAGAAGAGCAAAGGAUCGUCGCACCGCCCGCCCAGCCCACCGCCGAGGAAGUCGUCACAGAAGCCUGCAGAAAGCCGAGAUGAAGUGGUGGCCUCGUCAAAGGCCUCGCGUAGGGCUGCCCCAACACAGGUCGCAUCGCCGCCCGCAGUGAAACCCACCUCGUUUUCCCGUCCUCGGCCUGUACAACCCACGCCGCCCACCGGUUCGUCUCGACUCGCACCGCCUCGACGCCCCAGCCGCGAUGGGACCGCCGAUCUCCCACCUCAAAAUGGGCAAACCAUCCCUGUCAUUCACAGCAAUCUGUCCUCAACCUCGUUGUCCGAAAGACGGCAGAGCGGCCUUCUGGCCCCAGGCCCGGCCAGCCGGCCGAUCGUCUCAACCGCUGCCCCAGACCGGCCGAACUACCUAUCUCGCCGGGCCCCAACUAGGGAACCCACGCCGACCCCCAGGCCUGCUGCCUCUCGUGAUGUGGCAGGGACGUCCAAACAAGAACCGGCGAGGCCGACACGAACACCAAGCCCCAACGUAUCGACCUUUAAAACCCGGUUCCCCAUCUUCGGUCGACGGACGAAAACAGUUCCCGAACCAACUCAGCAGGAUAAGAAGGACAAACCCGCAAGGAAGGGACCAGCAGCUGGAACCGGCCACGAGGGUUACGGAAAGCUGGGCUCAGUGCGCCGGAGAAGCAACAGCAUCACGAGCACGACGCGUGUGAUCCCAGGGACUAUGUCUUCGCAGGAGAGCCUGGGCAGCAUAUCCCGCGACUCGUUCCUACAAGAACGGAUGGCACCAGUCGUCAUUGCUGGUGGCGAAAUAGUUGAGAACAAAAACGCCAGCCCGGAACUAACCCGCAUUGAGAGCAACCAGAGCUCGACAUUGAGGCGGCCCAGCAUCGAAUCCCGAAACGACUCUCAAGUUUCGCUCGCUUCGUCUCGCGAAGCCUCUCGCGAGCCCCCUCGCAAAUCCCUGUGGCCGUCUCCUUUCCCGCGUCACGCGCAGACACCUUCGCUGAGCAGUCGGCGCCCGUCCGAGAGCAGCGAUUCCGAGGCCGUUAUGAUGAAGCCGACCUUGGCCGUCAGGAGAUCAAUGCAGCGGAUAAAGUCUGGCGAACAGGAGCCCCCAAAGCUACCCAAGCCGAUCGUCACCCGACCCCAGGUUGUAUCGCCCGCAAUGACGAGCCUGGACGCUAGCAUCAUGUCUGAUGACUCCGUCUUCGAUCCUUCCGCGGAACCGGCCGUGACGACCAAGGAGCGGACUAACUCGGCGGCCACCUCCGGACCAAAGAAGCUGGUAAGACGAGCUCGCUCCCCGCGCAGGUGGAACUUUUUCGGCCGCUCGCACAGCCAGGCACCCGCCGAGAAAACGGACACGGCCAAGACGGUGGCUGCGACGGUCCAAGUAGUGCAGAGCAAGCCCGUGGCGUUUUACACCAUGAUGGACUCAUCCGAGCAAGAUGACUCUGACCCGGUUGACCUGGAAGAAGUGCUCCGCGAAGCGAGGGGUAUCCCAACGACCACCCCUGAAUUACCCCAAGCGGAAAACCCAUCAAGCAGGAGGCCAUCCGAGACAAUGCAGUCACCAUCAAACGCGCCGACGUCCCAGCAACUCGAGGUUCAGCGACCUGAAAAUACGAAGCGAGUGUUCACAACCUCACCCGCCUUGCCCGCCGCCCCUCGGUCGAAAGCCGAGCCAACGCCAGCUCAGCCGCCUACAUCUCAAGCCCCGAGUCGACCGAGCAGACUCCCUCAAGUCGGCCGCAUCCCCAAGGUGAUAAGCGCUAGGGCCGAGCAGAUCUCACCGAAAAGCUUCUCGAGGCCUUUUCACCGGUUGAGCGUACAGAUGCCCCCGGUUGCACUUGAACCCCAAGACCAGGAAUCGGUCGCGAAAGGACCGAGCCCUCCCAAGCCCUCUACCCCAGAGACCUCCCACGACGACCCGAUGUCAGGAAACCAUUCCAACAUCUCGGCUCUGAUUUAUGGCGUGCCAAGGUUGCUCCCACCAACCUCCAACCAGAACGGACAGGAGUUCCUCUCGUUCUCGCCCCGCAAGGACUCGCAAUGCACAACGACAACAUCCUCCAGCAGCUCGGGGGGACUCAUGACCUUUGCCGAUGCCACUGCGGUCGUGCCCUCGCCGUGCGCCCCGCUUGCCGAAGACGAGAUUUGGGACGAGUAUAACGACCUGCUCGGGGAGGAGACAAUCAAGCUGUCGACAUUGCAAGGGUCGUCCUGGCCAAAGCCGCUGCGGCUCGAUGGGUCUACGGACAAGAAAUAUAUCGAGCCUGCAUUGGAAUCGCCGACCCUCAGCCCUCCACCUCUGCCGAGUUUGGUUCAGGCUCUACGGGCGGGAAUGGAACACAAUUCCUUGAGCGUCCGUGGCUCAGACGUUGCCUUGGAGGUCAAGCGUAUGCUCGACUACGAACCCACGCCGAUAAACUCUGUUGUCAUCUCCGAUACGCCAUGCAGCCAGGACGACGAGCUUGACCGCGUGAAUUCGAGCAAUCAGAAGGAAAAGGCCCCAUCCGCGCAACGGGAUAGCUGUUCCUCUGCCCUCCAAGUGCGACGGUCAAACGCCAGCAGUAGUACUCAGUGCUCCGAAGACAAUUCGCCACUGUCGCAAGUCAAUCUACGGGUUGGCUCCAUGACCGUCAGCAAGUGGCUUACGUUUGGCCAUGUCCUCUUCAGCCCCGUUCGAGACGAGCUGGUCUCCGAGGUCGGCUCGCUCAAGCGCCCCUCGAUCCUCGUGGUUGACGGCCUAGGUAACGACGACUGGUCCUUCUACGCGGCCGAGACAUACCCCGCCGCUACGUUUUUCAACCUCUCACCCCGUGCUCCUCUUCCGACCGAGUACCAAAAUGAAUCCUCUUUCCCGCUUAGCCCUCCCAAUCACCACCAGGUUCAGUUCGCAUCCCACACGGCAAAGUUUCCCUUCGGCGCGCAGAGCUUCACCGCGGUCGUCGUCCGCUUUCCCGCGGCCGCUCCCGAAGGCCACUACCGCAACAUUAUUUCCGAGGCUCGUCGUGUCCUGAAACCCGGCGGUUACAUCGAGCUGUCCAUCCUCGAUGUCGACCUCAACAACAUGGGCAAUCGCUGCCGCCGCACAGUCCGCCGCAUCAAAGAACGCAUCCAUGCCCAGGCCCCCGACACCAGCCUCGCAUCAGCCUCGGACCUCAUCCUCCGCCUGAUCGGCAGGCGAGGAUUCACCGACGUCAAGACCUGCCGCGUCGGCGUCCCCGUCGCCAGCACAGUCGCUCGAUCGCGAGGCAGCAGCAGCAGCAACAAUAACGGGGCCGGCGGCAGCAACGGGAAGCGGCGCUCGACGGGCGCUGCGUCCGGAGCGGCCAAGCACAAGAAGGACGAGCGUAGCCUUCCGGAGAUGAUGGCCGACGAGAGCCCCGUUGCGGACGAGAGCAUCGCGCAGUCGGUGGCACGGGUUGGUCGGUGGUGGUACAGCCGCUGCUACGAGAGCGCCGCGGGGCCCGGGCUGGGCCCGUCCUCUUCCAAGGGCGGUAGUAUCUGGCGCGACAAGGCGCUGCUCGCCGAGUGCGAGGAGUGGGGGACCAGCUUGAAGCUGAUGGUCUGUCACGCGAGGGUGCCGGAUGGGAGGGCCAGGGUGGCGAGCAUUUGA